UCUUAAUUAGUCCGACUGGAAGCCUUAACUAUCGACUCCUUUUUUGUUUGUUUUCUUAGUCUGUGUAUUAUUUUGUCUGAACUGUUUUUAAUGCAGCAUAGCCUUCUUCCACAUUGUGUUACCGCAAUUACAAUGACACUAGUUUGCCACGUAAAAUAAUGUUAUAUAUACUUCUAUUAACGCCGUGCAUUUAUUUUGAAAGGACUCCAGCAGUCAAGUGACUCCCGGAAGUUUUUGUUUCUACACCUGUCAGUCCUGACACGGUGCGAGUGUCCAGCCUCGUCUCUUUGUUUCACUGCCAGGAACAGGUCUUCUUUUCUCAAGAAUAAAUGAUAAUCCUGUUUGGCUAACUGACACCUGAGUGAGGACGGCAUCUAACACGGUCUUCUAUCUGCUACAGAGUAGGCCUGUGCAGGCAUGGAGCCCUUGGCAGUGGAUGAUGACAUUUGCAUCCUUAAACAUGAGACGGCCUACACCGCUGCUGGAGAGAGUCCUGUAUCGGUGUGUGCUGGCGAUGAAUCUGUCGCUUCCCACUUCGCCCUGGUCACUGCCUAUGAGGACAUCAAGAAGAGGCUGAGAGAUACAGAGCGAGAGAAUACCUUGCUGAGGAAGAGGGUUAAGCAGCUGGAGGAUAAGCUCUUCAGGCCGGAGGCUCCUCCAUCCGAGGGUCCCCAGUACGUGAACAAGGCCUUCAGUGCUUACCGAGGUAUCUAUAUAGAGAAGGAGGACCUGCAGAUGGAGCUUAACAAACUGAAAAAGGAGAAGAGUGAGAGUGAGAGGCUGCUGACGGAGCAGCUCCAGGCUAAAGAAUUGGAGUUGCUUCAGCUCAGGACAGAGAUGGAGACCAGCCAAGGUACAGUGAUGAAGAGCCUGAACAGCCCUCAGGACUACUGGCAGGUGGACAGGGUCAACACUGAGCUAAAGAUCCAGAAGGAGGAGCUGGAGAGGGUGACACUGGAAAACAGUAGACUGCUGGAGAGAAGUGGGGAGGAACCCCAUGGCCUUAACGGACCAGACUUGGACCAGACCUGCGACGCAAAGUAUAAUGCAAGGAAGAAGAGCAUGCAGCAGACAUACGAGGCUUUGUGCUGCGAGGUCACUCGUCUCCAUUCAGAGCUGAAGCACCAAACAGGCCUGAUUAGGAAACUCAGGCCACACUUCAGUGAGACAAGACAAGGUGCUUCAACAGUUCCAAUCCAGUGUUUGGACGACGUGGAAAAGAACAACAAUCACGCAGUUCCUCGGGUGUCAGUGCCUCGCCCCCCUAGUGCCCCCCCACUUCCCUCGUGCUCCGGCCGCCCUUGCCCACCUGUUGGCGGACCAUCAGGCGCCCUGCUGCCAGACAGUCUGAAGGAGGACUGCUGGUACAAUGGGCCUUGGCCGUCCCAGACCUGUUCAGGUGAGGCUCUGGUUGGCAGCGACACCUGCUCUGUUGUCCUGCCCCCACCUCCCCUGAACCAGGCGUCCCUGGAUGACAGCUCACGCUCCUUCCCUAGCCCCCCCAAACCCAGUGAUGCCAUGUUCUGGGAGGGACACUCCGCUACAUCCAACUCCUCCUCAAUUGGGAACUGUACUCCUAGGAGCCCUCCGAAUGCCGAAUGGGCCAAGCCCUAUUGAGAGGGACUUCAAUGGCAGAAUAGAUGAAUAAAUAGAUCCGUGUAACUGGAUGGAAAAUAAGCAAAUGGAUGAAUGAAUGGACUCUCCAACCCUGCCACAUAGCUACCACCUAACCUGCCUUAAGUUGAUAAGACCACUCCUCUGGGCUGGACUGGACCUGCUGGUUGUGGGGAAUUAAUUGAGGCCAGAGGAGGCCUUUUCGAGGUAAAGACUCUGCACACCGCAUCGGUGAACUUAUUUGACUUUGCAGAGGAAAAGUUCAUGAGAGACUGGAAGAAGAAUAAAUAGUUUGUCCGUCUGUAUGUGUCCUUGUAUGCACAUGGAUAAGGGUGUGCAAGCAUGCAUACAAGCAGUUUAAUUUGUGUGUGCGCGCAUAUACACACAUCAAACAGAGUGUGCCUGUGUGUGCAGAUCAGUGUGUGGGCAUCUUUCGCCUGCCUGUAUCUGUAUCUCAUCAUAAUAAACCUAAUAGGGCUCAAAGGGCCUCCUCCUCCAUUUACCGUGGCCAGUGAUCACUGGGGCCACAGCAUACUAGAAUUUGUAAACUACUCUCCUCCAAUGCAAGUCUUUUUACAUUCGAUCGCUGUAAAGUAUACAAGGUAUGUAGUCCAAUGUAUGUCUCAUGAUCGUGUGAAGGAGAUACGUCUAGGAAUGAGGACUUGAUGUGAUUGUGUUUGUACUGUGAUGGAGACAAACAUACAGUAACUGUCACUGAUUUUUGUUCCAAAUCUUUACCGCUACCAAAUGAAAUCUUUUUCUUCUUCUUAUUUCCAUUAAAGUCCUUAUGAAUCACGAUCAAAGUAGGCUGUCAGUCUACCUAUGCUUAACGAAUCAUUUUUUUAAGAAUGCAGUUGCAGUAUUUGGAUUUUGUAGUAACUUAUUUUAAUCUAAAAAUGUACUCUCACUGGCACCACCACAGAAGUUCCACAACUCAAGCAAGCCUCCUUAAAACUGCUUGUUGUCACUUAUUCAAUUCUCGCAGAACUACUGUCAUAAUAUCUGUUGUGAUGUUUACUUUUCUCAGUUGCAGAGGGACAUGUAGAUGUAAGGCUCCGCAUUGUUGGAGGUUGUUUUUUUUUUUCCUGUGGAACUAUUUGAAAGUUUAAUGGAAUAGCCUUCAUACACUUCUCUGUAUUUGAAACCCUGAUUAAGUUGGAAACCUCUUGAGGUUUGUGGAGAUUUUGAAUUACAGAAAAUGUAUCUAAACUCUGUACUGUGCUGGUGUUAAUCUUUGAUACAUGUGUUUUGCAGUAUGACUUCAGUCAGUUGUGUGAAGAGAGGAGUUGAUUUCUCUUUUUUAAGAGUAAGAUGAGUAUAAAAAAAGUGAAAGCUGUACAAAGGAAAUCACAUUAUGAGUAGAAUACAUGAUAUAUAAAAGGAAGAAUGUGCAUAUCUGUAUAAAUGUAUAUGGUGGGCUUCAGUACUCUGCCAAAUGCGGUUUUGCACUCCAAAUCAUAGGUUUUGUUUUCACGCCAGGUCACCCCAAAGACUUCUGAUGUGUAUAAGAGCUGUGUGCGAUGGUGGCAAGACAAUAAGUCUAUUAACCUGAAGAAAUGUGAGCUGUGACUUGAAAAAUAGGUGCACAAAGCACAAAAGGCCCAUGGUUGCUGAAAAGACUUUGUUUCUUUUUUUCCAUUUUCUUCAGUCUGUAUCACAAUAACUGUGGUCUUUUUGUUCAUUUUUAAGAAAUGUUAUUUUACAGCAGUAGUUUCAUACUUCUGUAAACGAUUUGCAAACCAAAAUGCAAUGUACAGUAGAUAUGGAUUAUAUUUUAGAUUUACUGCACUCCAGACUGUUUGUAAAUAUGAUCAAUUAAAUGAAGGAAAGGAA